GGUUAUGCCUUGAAUGCCAAAGUUUUCUGUUUUUAACCCAAAGAAUAUCGGUGAUUUUUGUCCACUGCCGGGAGAAGGGGGAGCCCAGCGCUCUCGCCAUGCAGCAGAGCCCUCGUCUAUAAGCAGGCCCGGCCGGUGAGAUGCCGACCCCCUCCGCUCGGUGAACGUUCUAUCCUAUGGAUAUCGGGCUUGAGAUCUGAGACUGCAGAGCAGCGCCGUCCGCACCGGCCCGGCAGCCGCGGCCUCUCAAUGCCCGGAUUCUUCUGGGACUGCUGUCCUUCCCUGGAGAUCAGAGCGGUCCUGUGUGCCAUGGGCUGUAUUCAGAGCAUCGGAGGCAAAGCCAGAGUCUUCCGGGAAGGGAUCACGGUGAUUGACGUGAAAGCCUCCAUCGACCCCAUCCCCACCAGCAUCGACGAGUCCUCCAGCGUGGUGCUCCGCUACCGGACGCCCCACUUCCGGGCCUCGGCCCAGGUGGUCAUGCCGCCCAUCCCCAAGAAGGAGACCUGGAUAGUGGGCUGGAUCCAGGCGUGCAGCCACAUGGAGUUCUACAACCAGUACGGGGAGCAGGGCAUGUCCAGCUGGGAGCUCCCUGACCUCCAGGAGGGCAAGAUCGAGGCCAUCAGCGACUCCGAUGGGGUGAACUACCCCUGGUACGGCAACACCACGGAGACGUGCACCAUUGUGGGCCCCACCAAGAGAGACUCCAAGUUCAUCAUCAGCAUGAACGACAACUUCUACCCCAGUGUCACGUGGGCUGUGCCGGUCAGCGAGAGCAACGUGGCCAAACUCACCAACAUCUACCGGGACCAGAGCUUCACCACGUGGCUGGUGGCCACCAACACCUCGACCAACGACAUGAUCAUCCUGCAGACCCUGCACUGGCGCAUGCAGCUGAGCAUCGAGGUGAACCCCCACCGGCCCCUGGGCCAGCGCGCCCGGCUGCGGGAGCCCAUCGCCCAGGACCAGCCCAAGAUCCUGAGCAAGAACGAGCCCAUCCCGCCCAGUGCCCUGGUCAAGCCCAACGCCAACGAUGCUCAGGUCCUCAUGUGGCGGCCCAAGUACGGGCAGCCGCUGGUGGUGAUCCCACCCAAGCACCGGUAGCAACCAGGGCCACCCACUAGAUUAGACUCAAAAAUAAUAUACUGCUCAAAACCAAA